UAAUUACCGCUGGAAAUACCAAUCACUCGUGUGCUGAUGUUUGUUAUGUUGUGAUUCAUUUGAUUGAUCUGUGUAUGAUUUUGGGGUGUUUUUAUAUUUGGCAAUAAUUUUUUUAUACAUAACAAAUUUGCCUGCCAGUGGAACUUGUCACUCUCCCAAUAGUGUUGGAAUAACGUUUUCAAACGAAAUAUAUGUAAAAAAGUUAAUGAGAGGUUGACGUGACUGGCCUGCACAAGUUCUUUUGUUUUUACACUUUUACACAAAAUGUCUUCACAUCAUCACAGGAGGGAUUACAGAAGGCAGCCUUCAAGUAACUUCACUUACGUUAGCCCUUGUGUAAAAUAUUUAAUUUUUAUUCUUAAUUUUAUAUUUUGGCUUUUUGGGGGUCUUCUGAUAGGAAUAGGCCUCUAUGCAUUUGUCGACAAAUGGCAAUUAACCGGCUGGGUAAAAUUGGAAAAUGUUUACGAUGUUAUACUCAAUGUGUCGCUUGUAAUGGUAAUUAUGGGAGGAGUUGUGUUUAUAGUUAGUUUUGCAGGAUGUGUAGGAGCUCUCAGAGAAAACACAUGUUUGCUCAAGUUUUACUCACUCUGUCUAUUGAUAUUCUUUUUGUUAGAAAUGGCAAUAGCCAUUGUAGGAUUUGUAUUUCCCCAUUCCAUGCAAUCUAUGCUGGAAGAGAAUUUUACUGAUAAAAUCAUCCACACUUACAGGGAUGAUCCUGAUUUGCAAAAUUUUAUUGAUUUCGCUCAACAAGAGUUUCGUUGCUGUGGACUGAGUUCGGAAGGUUACAUGGAUUGGUCAAAAAACGAGUACUUCAAUUGUAGUUCACCUAGCGUUGAACACUGUGGAGUGCCUUUCUCCUGUUGCAUAAAUGCCACAGAUUUGAGCUCAAGAUUGGUUAAUAUUAUGUGUGGAUAUGGAGUCCAGACUUUGUCAGUGGCAGAGGCCAGCAAAAAGGUGUGGACAUCGGGUUGCAUAGAAAUAGUUCGGUCUUGGGCCGAACGAAAUUUGUAUACUAUAGCGGGGAUAGCGUUGGGGGUGGCUCUCUCGCAACUGUUUGUAAUAUACCUGGCCAAAACUCUGGAAGGUCAGAUAGAUCUGCAAAAGUCUAGCAUAGCGACUUAUAGUUAUGUAUCCUAUAGUCCGUUUUCCGACCCGAGCCGUUAUGACUGAACUAUUUCGGGCAGUGUACAAAAAUUGGAAAUGUGUGAUAUUCCUUAUUCGAGUUUUUUUUUUUUUAUUAUAACCGAAUAACGAUUGUACUACUUUAAGUCAUUUAUACAGGUUGUGUCUAAGAGGAAAUUAUAAUCUAAAAAAAUUAUACACAAAAUUGUUAUAUACAUUACAAUAUAUGUCUUCGAUUCCAUUGCUUUUUUUUUUGUAACUCCGGCGGAUGCACAUAUACACUGUCAUCACUGAAGUCUGCAUCAUACGGGAACAUUUUUUUUAAUGAGUUUUGCCAAAUUUUGCUUUUACUUGUCAAUACAUAAUAAAUAUCAAAUAUAGGUUUGGUUAUCUAGAAAAAUAUCUAAAAACCUUAUUGGAAAAGGUUGUUUCUUUUUCUGUUUUCUACAAAUGUGCCAAUUUUCAAAGAAAAAACGGAAAUUGUUUUUUUCACGUUUUCUCAAAAUAAUUUUUUUGUUUGGUUAGCUUUGCUUAAAAAUUACUCAAUUUGUACUUGUACGCCUUCCCUCACCAAUAUGCAAGUUAUCAUUUGACUGUUAGUAAUAUUUCUAGGUCUUGUCUGUCCAAAACCGAGCUACAAAAAUAAGGGUAGCAAUGUUUGGUGGCUCCUAAAUCGUGUCUCCCAUUGUAUUUUGAGCAAGGACUUACACAAUACAGGUGUUGAUGGUUUGUCCUCAUGAGAACUAAAGAAUAUGCUCUUGUUAAUGUUUCUUGUACUCAAGAGCAAACUGGAUAAAUAUGUGGGCAGAGCUUUUGUUAGGGCAAUCAUGAGUGUUUAUUGUGGGCCCUCGAUUCCCUAAGAUAAAAACUACCUCUCAGCCUUAAUUUAAUACCAGUGCGCUACUUGAGAAGGGCCCUUAUAUUUUAGGGAUUUUCAAUUAGAAGAGGAGGGAACUCAAUUCAUCUCCUAACCAACUGUCCAAAUUUUAAAGGUUAAAGAUUUUAAAGAUUAAGAGUAUUAGACUCUAAGAGAAUUGAACGCUUCUAG